GCGGCCGCCCCGGGAUGCGGCCCCGGUGGCCGGGCCGGGCAUGAGGGACGGCGGGGGGGCCGCGGCCAGCACCGGCACCCGACGGCACCCGGGAACCGGCGGGGCUCCUCCUCGCCAGGGAAUCAGCGAGGCCUCUCCACCCUUUGAAUGUUUCCUAGACGAGACUUUUCCAAGCUGGGGAUGUGCUGUGUGUGUCCUCAGAGUGAUGGACAGAAUCGUGACACGCCUGAAGCUGCAAGUGCCAGAAACAUCAGGAGGAACUUCAUCAAAACUUCACUCCAGCACAGUCUGUGACUCUGUGAGGAUCCUUCCAGCUGGAAAACUCCAGGCUUUGAGCAGGGUGAACUCUUAACUUUGGGAAACGCUCCUCAGAAGGAUUUAGCUCAUCUCUGGGAAAGCUCUCUGCUAUGGACAGUGCCAUCACCCUGUGGCAGUUCCUCCUCCAGCUGCUCCAAGAGCCCCAGAACAAGGAUAUCAUCUGCUGGACCUCCAACGACGGGGAAUUCAAGCUGCUGCAGGCAGAGGAGGUGGCCAGGCUCUGGGGGAUCCGCAAGAACAAGCCCAACAUGAACUAUGAUAAACUCAGCCGGGCGCUGCGCUACUACUACGUGAAGAAUAUCAUUAAGAAGGUGAACGGGAAGAAGUUUGUGUACAAAUUCGUGUCGUACCCAGAGAUCCUGAACAUGGAUCCUCUCGUGGUGGGCAGGAUCGAGGGGGACCCUGAAAUGCCCGGCUUUGGGGAGGUGGCCAGCGCUCCCAAGGACGUGGAAAACUGUGGGAAGGAGAAAUCCCAGUCCUGUGCUAAAUCCUCCAGCCGAAAUGACUACAUCCACUCAGGCCUGUACUCCUCCUUCACCCUCAACUCCCUCAACUCCUCCAGCGUGAAGCUCUUCAGGUCCAUCAAGAUUGAGAACCCGGCUGAGAAGCUGACGGAGAAGAAACCUCAGGAUCCCACCCCCUCUGUCAUCAAAUUUGUCACCAUGCCCUCCAAAAAGCCUCCUCCCUCUGUCCCCCUGGUGUCCAGCGCUUCGGCGGUGGCCGUCACCUCCACGGCUUCUGCCACCCCCACCGUGUCCUCCUCGCUUCCCCUGGGCUCUGAGGAGACUCUGCAGAGCCUGGAGACGCUGGUCCUGCCCAAGCUGAGCGUCCCUGAGGCUCCUCCAGCACCUUUGCCAAACCUGAGCAGCAGCUUCACCCCGACCCCCCCCAUGUCCUCGGUUUCUCCCGGCCUGCAGGUGCCCUCCACGCCCCCCUCGCCGCCCCUGAGCUCCAACCCCGACCUGGACAUUGACACGGACAUCGAAUCUGUGGCUUCCCAGCAGCUGGAGCAGGCUCAGAGCCUCCAGCACCAAUCCCCAGAGCCCAAAGAGCAGCAGGAUUCGGCUGUGCUGGAGAAGGAAUUUGCCAAUCACCUCUCCAGAUCCAAAAAACCCAAAGGGCUGGAGUUGGCUCCCACUCUGGUCAUCACAGGCAGCGAUCCGAGUCCUCUGGGCAUCCUGAGUCCUUCUCUCCCAACUGCUUCUCUUACUCCAGCACUUUUCUCUCAGACUCCCAUCCUGCUGACUCCCAGCCCUCUGCUCUCCAGCAUCCACUUCUGGAGCACCCUGAGCCCGGUGGCUCCUCUCAGCCCUGCCAGGUUACAAGGUGCUAACACCCUCUUCCAGUUUCCAUCAGUGCUGAACAGUCAUGGCCCAUUUACGCUGUCUGGACUGGAUGGACCCUCCACCCCUGGCCCUUUUUCCCCGGAUCUCCAGAAGACAUAGCACAUGGAAUUCCUGGAAAAGGACAAGCAAGGCAAAGAUAGGACACUUCUCUUCAACCACCUUUCUUUUUAUUUCAAAAAAAAAAAAAGAGCAGUUUGUAAUUCCACAGAGAUUCUCAAUGGUUGUAGUUGUUGCCAUUCCCCAAUCAAAAAAAAAUGAAAAAUGCCUUUUUUUCUUUGUUUUUUUGGCAAAAAAUUCCCUUUUUUUUUUUCUUUUUUUGGAAGAACCCAGGUUGGGAAUGUAUAUGCAAACGCCUUAAUAGGAGCUGCAGCUCCAAUCUCUUCUCCUCCUCGGUUUGGAAGAUUUUUUCCCCUUGUCCAAAAGGAAUUUUGGGUGGUGUUGCAGCGACUGAUUCUGCACUGACUGCAGCAAACAGCACCAGAGGAGGAUUUUCUCUGUGACUCUUGGAAAAACAAACAAACAAAAAAAAAACAAACAAAAAAACCCCUCUGUUCUUCUGCUUCCUGUGGCUGGGCAAGGAAGAACCCUGAAUCCUGAUGGAAGCUGGAAUUCCAGGAAAUGCUUGGGAAUAUGGGGUGUGUGCUCUCAGCUCUGCCCUGGGGGUACCAGAACUCUGCAGCAACAAAAGCAGCCGGGCAUUUUCUGCUGGCCUUGUCUUUUCUUGUUGGUUUUUUUUUUCUUUUGUUGUUGUUGUUGGUUUUUUGGUUUUUUUUUUGCAGAUAGAAAUUUUUAUUCAAGGAUUUAUUCCAAGUUUGUGACCAGGACAUUUCUGUGGAGGGGUGGUGUGGCCCAACAGCCCCUUUGGGAGAAGAGAUGGGGCUGGAUUUUGGAUGCUUCCCUGCCCUCCUUCCCUUUUUCCAUGGAUGGUUGGAUGAGCUCCCUUCACUUCUCACAGAGUUUGAAUGCUGGAGUCCAAACAUUUCUUGUGCCAGAGACCUGUCCCAGAGCCUGGGAGCUCCCUGCUGGAUGAGCAGGAUGGGGGGGGGAAUUUUCCCUGCUUUUUUUGGGGGAUUUUCCUGGGUUUUUGGGGGAUUUUCCUGGGUUUUUGGGGGAUUUUCCCUGUGGUUUUUGGGGGAGGUUGCUGCCUGAGCUGGAAUCCCCAGUGGGGUGAGAACAGCAACAUCCCAGCAUUAAUGUUGCUCCUCUUUCCCCACAGUCCUGGAAAAGCUUCCUGCUUUUCCCCACGUGGAAAAGCUCCUCUUUUGCCAGCUCUUAUCCCGAAUUUGUCAGUGGAGCUGUUGGUUUUUGUUUUUUGGGGGCUGACCCCAGAGCAGCCCCAGAUGUUCCACGGGAUUCAGCCUCGUGGUAAAUCUGUUUUCACCUCCUUGAUGUGCUGGAUGAAUAAUGCAGGAUUGUUUUCCAGAGCCACUGGAGAUGAGAUGGGAUUUGUAGGUGGAUUUUUACACCUCAGGAGGCCUUUUAAGAAAACUGAGGGGUGAAAAAAGGAGAGAUUCUCCUCUCUCAGCCCCUCACUCAGGGUGAGUUGGGCUCUGGGUCUGUGUCCCGCCAAUUUGGGCAUCUGAAGCCAGGCAGCAACUUCUGGAUUCGAGUUGGGGGUGUCAGAGGAUCUUCUCCUUAAAAAUAUUCCCAGAAAACAGAUGGAGACAUCUCUUUCCUUCAGCAUCCUCACAGCUGCCACGAGCAGAGGAAGAUUUUUCCCUCUCCAGCACGAGGAGCUGACAGUGUUUGCUGUAAAUAACUGCACCUAUUCCAUGGAUCCCUGGUGAACUCCAGCUUUUCCAGAGGUUUUGUUUUAUUCCUUUUGCAGGCUUGGAAUUCCCUUGAAAGCCACAACACCCAAGACUUUUCUUGAUGUUUCCCUUUUCUAUGAUACAGAAAAACCACUUUUUUUUUUUUUUUUUUGUGUGUGUGGAUGUUCCUGAUGUGACACCUGGGACAGGUGGGUGGAACAAAAGUCGCUUUUUUUCGGGCAUUGUUCACCUGCACAGGGGAAAAGUGGGAGAAGAAAAAAUAUUCCUUUUUCAGGUGGAGAAGCAGGGAGUGAGCUCAUGGAGUGACCUGUCUUCCUGUUGGCUCCUGUCAGAGGCAAAAAAUUGCUUCACUUUUAGACAUCAGCAGAUGCAGGAGGAAAUUCCUGCGCCAGCAGCUCUUAAAAUGUGCAAUAUUGACCUUAUUUUUUAUUUUUUUUGUAAUUUUAUUUUUUGAAAUGCAGAAGAGGGAGCUGCAGGUGAUGGUGAAGAGCAAGCAUCUGGAAUUAUUAUUAUUUUUUUUUUAUUUUUGGUUUGCAUGUUUGGAGCCUGCUCUGGGAAAAUUUCUAUAGCUAUGUAUAAAUAGCAGCACUUUGGUUGGUUCAGGUCAGCCAAUUUUAUGCCUACCAAAAUCCGUGGUCUUUUUUUGAGACAGCGACGUUUGCAGGCUGGCAUUGGAAUUGAAAAAUUCAUGAAUGAGCACUAAAAAAACUUGCAAUUUAAUUGCUUCCCUUCCCCCCUUGUUCCCCUUGUGGAGAAAAGCCAAGUUUAGCUGUUGAAAAUUUGUGCACUUAAUCCUUUGUGAACUUUUAUCGCUUUGGGCAGAGGGUCAGGCCCUAAAAAAUUGCUUUUUCUCAGCUCCUGCUCCUCUCCAGGAAGCUUCCCAAGGUGGCUCUGCCACAGAAAUCCAGGUUUUCCUUUGGGAAUGCCGAGUUCCUGUGGAAUGCAGCCUGGAUUGGGGUGGUUCCCACCCUGUAAAAUCCAGCAGGCAGAGCAGGAAUGGGAUGGCUUUGGCUUCUUAAGGGAAAAAAAAAAUAAUCCGAGUCCACAUGGGAUGAUAAACUCAGGAAGCAGCUGGGAAAGGGAGAGGAGCUGGGAGAGGAGCAGCUUUUGCUGCCUUUUCUCCACUGCAAUUUUCAGGUCACUUAAGGGAAUAUUUCCUUGUGUGCUGCCUCAUCAGCCACAUUCACUGACAGGGAACCUCCAGCUUUUCCUGGGAUCACAUUCCUGCCUCUCUGGGGGCUCAUGGAUCAUGCUGGAUCUUUAGGUCACUUCAGGAGCCCUUUCUGUGCAGCUCCUCACAAUUUAUUUUUAAUUUAGCCUAAGCCAGGUGGGGUUAGAGUAGAUUCCGUUUUAUUUCCGUACCGUGGUGAUUUAAAUAAAAAAAAAAUAUAUAUAUAUAUAAAAAUAAUAAUAAUAAAUAAAAAAAAAUAAUGCAGCAUUACAGAAACUUUUUUUUUUUUCCCCCUGAGGUUCCUCUUGCUGGUUUUGUGGAAUGCUUGGCAAUUUUUUGAUCAGCUCAUUCCUUGGGUGCCAAGGAAGGUCAAAGCAUUUGGUGUAGAACAAAAAAGGGUUUGGCAGAAGACAAAACAAGAACCCAGCGUCCUCCCCAGGUUCUGGAGAUGGGAAUUGAAUCCCUGCUGUCUGUAUUUCCAUGGAACCCAAGGCACUGGCAGGAUUUAGGGUUUGGUUUUGUUUAUUUUCCAUGGGGAGCUGCUGUCUGGGAUCUGGUUUGGAUCCUGGAUUUUCAGCUGCCCGUGGAAGCAGAGAAACGGUCCCUGGUUGUGGAGCCGUGGGUGUCCUGCUUUUCCUGGGAAAAAGAGGAAUUUUGGUGGUUUUUAGCAGCAGCUUUAGGUUUAGAGCUUUGUUUCAGACCUGUCCUCUGCAGGGGAUGCAAUUCCUGUGCCCUGAUUUUGGCACAUUCAAGCUUUGUUUUCCUGGAGUUGGACAAUUCCUUGUUUUCACUUGGAGCAUCCCAAGGCUUCAGAAUCCAUGCAAACUUUGGGAUAAUGGGAGAGCAGAAGGGCUUUCCUUGGGAUAAUUUCUCCCUCUGAUGCAUUUUCAAGCCUCAGCCAUCCCACAAAUAGAUUAUUUUGGAUUUCUGACGUUCAUUUUAAGGGCAGUGAAGCUGCUGAGGUGCAAAUCUCCCUUCUCCAGCUUCCCCCAGCCCAGGGAGCUGCAUCCCUGGGGGAUUCCCUGGGAAUUCCAGCUGGGAUGGGAUCCAAGUGCCCUCAUCCCCUCCUGGGGCUUUUCCUCCAGCUGAGAUGCAGCUCCCAUCCUUUCCUCAUUUAUCCUGUAAUUACCUUUUUUUGCUCCUGUUUUGUGGCAGUUUUUGAUGUGCUCUGCAGUUUCACCUCUCCCAUUUUUUAAGGCAGGUUUGUCUCCAGUCCAUCUCAGGCCUCUCAUGGAAAUCAACCUCAGCAGCAGGUCAGGGAAUGUUGUUAAAAUCCACAGGUAUUUAAAAACUUUUUGGAGUUUUGGGAUUUUAUUCCUGCCUUUGUGUCAGGAAUGAGCAGGAAUCAGGAGAAUUUGUUUUUCUGUCGGAUCACAGGUGGGCAGGGCCCUGUUUCUCCCUGGAUAUUCCAAUAUUUCCCCGUUGGAACAGCUAGAUAUCUGCUUGCUAUAAAUUAUUUUGGAACAAAACCACCCUAAAACUGGCAAGAAUUGAAUUUUCAUUCCUCUUCCCAAAUUAUUUUCUGUUUCCUUCCUCAGCUCUGUGUGAGGAAUGGAAUUUGGAUUUGGAAGAGUAGAAAUGGGGAAAAAAAAAAAAAGAGACUUUUUGGUUUCUGAGGUGAUGGAAUGGGGUUGUUUUAUCCUAAAAAUCACAGUGGGGUAUUUGGAGCAGCCCCAAAAUCCCUGAGGAUUCACUCAGGACCUCUCCAGGAUGUUUGGUGAGGCUUGAGCUGCCUAAACUCAUUUAUGGUUUGAUUUGGAGUUAAUUAAGCAGCAAUUAGCAGUGGCUGUUGAGAGUGAGGGAUCCAGGGGAGUGGGACAGGCUGGAGCUGCUGGAAUCAGAGGAAGAUUUUGGGAUAAAAUGCAGGGAGAGUUUUCUGCAGCUCUCCAGGGUGUCCCUUUGCCUUGGGGGAUGCUUAUUCCAAGGUUUUAGGGCAGAGAAGUUGAUUUGGAAUAAUAAAGCUGAUGGGGAGAAAAAAAAAAAAGGGAAAAAUUGUAGGGAAACACAGCAAUUGUGUUCCCUAAAAGAGAUCAGGGCAGCAGGAAUUCAUCUGGGGGUGAAUCCUGGGAAUCAGCACACAUCCAGCUUCCCUGGGCUGGGCAGAUUUUUGUGUCUUAAAUCAAUUUAAAUCAAUUUUUAGCCACUCCAGCUCCCCAUCCAGCCCUGGUUCCACGUGCCUGUGUUGUCCUGUUUGUUCCUGGGGCGUUUUUGGGCACGAAAUUCCUCUGGGAGGUGGAGAUUCCACCUGGGGAGGUGAGAGGUGGCUCUGGACAGAGAAAAAUCCUUGGAAAUGGAACCAAAUCUUCCUCCAGAGGCUGAUUUUAGUCAGGAGGGUGAAACAGGAGCCACGAGGGCGGUGCUGCCCAUUCCUGUGGGAUUCCCUGAGCCAGCAGAAAAGGUGGGAUUUUGGGUUUGGUGUCAGUAAAUCCCAAAAUGAGGGAUUUUAUUCCUGCCAGGAACGAGCAGGAAUCAUGAGAAUUUGUUUUUCUGUCAGAUCACAGGUGGGCAGGGCCCUGUUUCUCCCUGGAUAUUCCAAUAUUUCCCCGUUGGAACAGCUAGAUAUCUGCUUGCUAUAAAUUAUUUUGGAACAAAACCACCCUAAAACUGGCAAGAAUUGAAUUUUCAUUCCCCUUCCCAAAGAAAGCAGCAGAUUCUGCUCGUGGAGCUCUUCCAGGCCCUAAUGAGAAGCACAGUCAGAGCUGAAAAAUUGUGAUUUUUUUUUUAUUUUUAUUUUUUAUUUUUAGAUUCCUCAGUGUUUAAACAUGGCUGGAACAGCUCUGCCCAGAGAGCACACGUGGAUCACGCCUGGCAGGAUGUGCUCCCAAAAAUCCACAUAAAUAUCCCCAUCCUCCCUCUCUGAGCAGAUUCUGCACUGUGCAGUCACCACUUUGAAAUAUUUUGCACCCCUUUUGGAGGUUUUUUUUGGGCUUUUUCUUCUCUUUUAGCACUCAAAUCAAUCUUGUCCCAGCUUGGACCUGUGAGUUGCCAAAGGUUAUUUUUAUGAUGCUGUUGGAUUCUGCAUCUCCUGGAAAAAAAAAAGCAUCUUAAAUGUGUUUUUUGAGUAGUUUUGUGUGCAUGGAACAAAAGUUUGGGCUUGAUUUGAAAAGAUUUCUCUGCUGAGGUUGUGUUGCAGGAGGUUUUCAUCUCAAAGCAGGGCUAGGGGAAUCCUGACCCUUUGGAAAACAGGGAUGUGAGUGGAGGCAGUGGAGAGAGGCUGGAAUUCUGAAUUCUGAAUUAAUUCUGAUUCCAGAGCCCAUUUCAGCAGUGCUGUACCAAUAACUGGAAGCUGUCGUUGUUUAUUUUCAUUUUUUUUUGGUUUUUUUCUUUCCUUUUGGGUUAUUUUUCUGUGUUUUUUAGAACAAGGGUGGUCUGUGCAUGGUUCCUGGAGUGUGCUGGGUUCUGAUAUUCCAAUCCCUGGCUUUGCUCUCAGCUCCUUGGGAUGAAUUUUGGGAUUGUUUAUUUUUAUUUUUUAUUUUUCCCUAGCAUGUCCUAACCCCUCCAAGCUUUGAAACCGCUUCCUAGAAUUGUGUUGAUUUCUUUUUUUUUUGUUUGUUGUUGUUGUUCUGCUGUUGUUCAGUUGCACAGAGUUGUUGUUUUUUGGGUUUUUUUUCUAUAUAAAAUAUACUUUUGGAACGUUUCAUUCUCUGUGAACAGGGUUGAGAUUUAUCCUUUGUAGCUUUGAAAAAGAUCCUAAAAUUCCCUUUUCCAACUUGUUUUGUAGCCUGUUGCAGUGUUACCAGAUGGCCUUAUGUACGUCACAGUGCUUUGUGAUGGGUACAGUAGCACAUUUAAUGCUUAUUCCCCUCUGUUUUUAGAGCUGAGAAGUUGAUUUGGAAUAAUAAAUCAAACAAAAAAAAAGGGAAAAAUAAAAGGGAAACACAGCAAUUGUGUUCCCUAAAGGAGAUCAGGGCAGCUGGAAUUCAUCUGGGGGUGAAUCCUGGGAAUCAGCACAUAUCCAGCUGCUCCAGCUUCCCCUGGGCUGGGCAGAUUUUUGUGUCUUGGGAGGGAUUUAAAUCAAUUUAAAUCAAUUUUUAGCCGCUCCAGCUCCCCAUCCAGCCCUGGUUCCACGUGCCUGUGUUGUCCUGUCCGUUCCUGGAGUGCACAUCUGAUUUGGGAAGGUGAUUUGGGGGUGGAUUCCUCGCUGGAAUUUUCAGGCUGAGCUGGGUUCUUGGCAGGUUUAUUUUUUUGGGAGCAGAUCCCUCCCUCUGGAACUCUGGGCUGGAGUUUUACCUUCCCAGUUUUCCCUCCCUCGGGGUUUUCAGAACAAUCAAUGGUGAAAACUCCCCUGAAAUGCAGCAAAAAAUGGGGAACAUUUCCAGUGGCUCUUUCCAGAACAGAGUUGCAUUUUUUUCUUUUCUCUAUAAAUAUAUAUAUAUAUAUAUACAUAUAUAUAUAUAGUACAAAUUCAAGAGGCAAAGUUUUGUUGUAGUGAGUGUCUGAAACUUCCUACACUGGAGACUUUUCUGGACAAGACAACUGUAAAAGUCACCCCUUGUUCCAGCUGGGUGACCCUGCCUGGGACAGAAUUGCUUCUCAGUCUGACUUUUUAUUUUUAAAUACCUUAUUAGAGUUAUCUUAAUGCCAUUGUGUUUAAAAAAAAAAUAAUAAUAAAAAAUUUAAAAAAAAAAAAAUGCUGGUAUGUAAUGCAAGUACAUAAAUAGCCAAAGUUUUCAGUAAUUGUUCAGUGUUAAUAAAUUUUGCUUUUAUUUAACCUUCGGAGAUAACAUUUAGGAAGACCUUCAGUGUGUAAAUCAUCCUGAAAAUUCAAAGUCUGAGCAACUGGAUUAGGGCAGGGAUGGAGUUUUUUGAGCACAUUUCAGGUUUGAAUACGAUUGGGAGGUAAAGUUUUUUAAGAUGCUAAAACUUCCUUUGCACUGUCCUGACACUUCAAAGUGACAAAUGCUGCUUUGGCAGUGGCUCUUUGGGAAUUGUUAUUCAAACAUCAUGAAGGUCUUUCCUGAGAAAUCAGGUGACUUUUUUCUAUUGCUUCGAUUUUUGUGCAAAAAAAAAGAAGAAAAGAAAAAAAAAAAAAAAAGAAAUAAAAAUAAAAAUCAAUGUAUUGCAAUUUUUUUUUUUUUU